AUGCCUCCAGUGCGAGCGAAGAUCACUACACGGUCCAGGAAGGAGCGUAAUCGAAACUUUGUGUCGCCAGGCAGAGGGCGAGGGAGACGACCUAACCAUGCCAAUCGUUCUUUCCACGAGGAGGACCCCUCAAACACUACAGCCCGUCCAAGGGGAAGCCUGCCCCAGAACACCACACCAACGCACACAGCCACAGCAACGGUGGCGGAUUCCACCCAUGAUGCAAAUCGGAUCGAGUCGGAUACGUUGAGCAACACGUCGGAUAUCCAGCAACAAAUACGACCAACGGAAUCCAGCUCCCAGGAAUUGAGGUUGAGGAAUGGCAGCCAAUCUGAUGUCAAGCACAAGCCAGUUCAAAAAGUUAGAAAUUUGAUUAUUAUCAAAUUAAUUGUUCCAGCUCAAAAUAUUCGACUUGUAAAUGGGUACACAGCUGCUAUGGGUCGAGUUGAGGUUAAGAAUAACGGUGCAUGGGGAACUGUUUGUGAUGACGACUGGGAUGACAUAGAUGCUGCUGUAGUGUGCUCUAUGCUAGGAUUUUCAAGGGAAAAUGCAGUGGCCAAGAACAGUGCUUUCUUUGGACAAGGACAUGGAAGUAUAUGGAUGGACCAGGUUAGAUGUACAGGAACGGAGACUAAUUUAUUUCAUUGUUCUAAAUCAGAGCUUGGUACACACGAUUGUACCCAUGGUGAAGAUGCAGGAGUUGUUUGCUCAUUAGAUAAUAUAAGACUUGUCAAUGGAUCUUUGCCCUAUGAGGGACGGGUAGAGAUUAAACAUAACGGUGUUUGGGGUACCAUAUGUGAUGAUGGAUGGGACAAUAAAGACGCAGGAGUUGUUUGUUCUAUGCUAGGCUUUCCGAGAAAUUUUGCAACAGCCAAAUCGGGCGCAUUUUAUGGACAAGGAAUUGGCAAAAUUUGGAUCGACGAUUUGUUAUGUAGUGGUCAUGAAUCUAAUAUAUUGCAAUGUAAUACUACAGCAUUAGGCAAACAUAACUGUGGCCACACGGAGGAUGCUGGAGUACUUUGUUCACCCGCUAAAAAUGUUCGACUUGUAAAUGGGUACACAGCUGCGAUGGGUCGAGUUGAGGUAAGGAAUAACGGUUCCUGGGGAACUGUUUGUGAUGACGAUUGGGAUGACAAUGACGCUGCUGUAGUGUGCUCAAUGCUCGGAUAUUCAAGGGAAAAUGCAGUAGCCAAGAACAGUGCUUUCUUUGGACCAGGACAUGGAACUAUAUGGAUGGACGAGGUUAGAUGUAAAGGAACGGAGAUCAAUUUAUUUUAUUGUUCUAAAUCAGACCUUGGUAAACACGAUUGUAGCCAUAGUGAAGAUGCAGGAGUUAUUUGCUCAUUAGAUAAUAUAAGACUUGUCAAUGGAUCGUUGCCGUAUGAGGGGCGGGUAGAGAUAAAACAUAACGGUGUUUGGGGUACAAUAUGUGAUGAUGGAUGGGACAAUAAAGACGCAGCUGUUGUCUGUUCUAUGCUAGGAUUUCCGAGAAAUUUUACAAGAGCCAAAUCAAACGCAUUUUAUGGACAAGGAAGUGGCAAAAUUUGGAUUGACGAUUUAUCAUGUAGUGGCCAUGAAUCUAAUGUAUUGCAAUGCAAUAUCACAGCAUUAGGCACACAUAACUGUCAACACAGUGAGGAUGCAGGAGUACUUUGUUCACCCGUUCAGGAUGUUCGAUUUGCAAAUGGAAACACAAUUGCGAUGGGUCUAGUGGAGAUAAAAAUUAAAGGUGCGUGGGGAACUAUCUGUAAUAAUGACUGGGACGAUAAUACAGCAGCUGUAGUGUGCUCAAUGCUUGGAUUUUCAAGACAAAAUGCAGUGUCCAAGAACGGGUCUUUCUUUGAACCAGGAUAUGGACUUAUAUGGAUGGAUAAGGUUAAAUGUACUGGAAAUGAAAUAAAUUUAUUCCAGUGUCCUAAAGCAGAAUUUGGAGAUGACAAUUGUGGUCACAGCGAAGAUUUGGGAGUUAGUUGCUCAUUAGAUGUACGGAUUGUCAAUGGGUCCUCGGCUUCUGAAGGGCGGGUUGAGGUGAAAUUCAAUGGUGAGUGGGGAACUGUAUGUGACGAUGAUUGGGAUACCAUUGACGCUGCUGUUGUCUGUGGAAUGCUGGGAUUUUCAAGUAAAAAUGCAGUUGCUAAGAGGGGAGCUUUCUUCGGGAUGGGGAGAGGAACUAUCUGGAUGGAUGACGUAGGAUGCACUGAAAAUGACAGAAAUAUAGCACAAUGUAAAACACGAGAACUUGGAACUGAGAAUUGUGGACAUCACGAAGAUGCAGGAGUUAUUUGUGCCCCAGAUAUACGGCUUGUCAAUGGGUCCUCGGCUUCUGAAGGGCGGGUUGAGGUGAAAUUCAAUGGUGUGUGGGGAACUGUAUGUGACGAUGAUUGGGAUAACAUUGACGCUGCCGUUGUCUGUGGAAUGCUGGGAUUUUCAAGGAAAAAUGCAGUUGCUAAGAUGGGAACUUUCUUCGGGAUGGGGAGAGGAACUAUCUGGAUGGAUGACGUAGGAUGCACUGAAAAUGACAGAAAUAUAGCACAAUGUAAAACACGAGAACUUGGGACUGAGAAUUGUGGACAUCACGAAGAUGCAGGAGUUAUUUGUGCCCCAGAUAUACGGCUUGUCAAUGGGUCCUCGGCUUCUGAAGGGCGGGUUGAGGUGAAAUUCAAUGGUGUGUGGGGAACUGUAUGUGACGAUGAUUGGGAUAACAUUGACGCUGCCGUUGUCUGUGGAAUGCUGGGAUUUUCAAGGAAAAAUGCAGUUGCUAAGAGGGGAGCUUUCUUCGGGAUGGGGAGAGGAACUAUCUGGAUGGAUGACGUAGGAUGCACUGAAAAUGACAGAAAUAUAGCACAAUGUAAAACACGAGAACUUGGGACUGAGAAUUGUGGACAUCACGAAGAUGCAGGAGUUAUUUGUGCCCCAGAUAUACGGCUUGUCAAUGGGUCCCCGGCUUCUGAAGGGCGGGUUGAGGUGAAAUUCAAUGGUGUGUGGGGAACUGUAUGUGACGAUGAUUGGGAUAACAUUGACGCUGCCGUUGUCUGUGGAAUGCUGGGAUUUUCAAGGAAAAAUGCAGUUGCUAAGAAGGGAGCUUUCUUUGGGAUGGGGAGAGGAACUAUCUGGAUGGAUGACGUAGGAUGCACUGAAAAUGACAGAAAUAUAGCACAAUGUAAAACACGAGAACUUGGGACUGAGAAUUGUGGACAUCACGAAGAUGCAGGAGUUAUUUGUGCCCCAGAUAUAAGGCUUGUCAAUGGAUCGUCGGCUGCUGAAGGGCGGGUUGAGGUGAAAUUCAAUGGUGUGUGGGGAACUGUAUGUGACGAUGAUUGGGAUAACAUUGACGCUGCUGUUGUCUGUGGAAUGCUGGGAUUUUCAAGGAAAAAUGCAGUUGCUAAGAGGGGAGCUUUCUUCGGGAUGGGGAGAGGAACUAUCUGGAUGGAUGACGUAGAAUGCACUGAAAAUGACAGAAAUAUAGCACAAUGUAAAACACGAGAACUUGGGACUGAAAAAUGUGGACAUCACCAAAAUGCAGGAGUUAUUUGUGCCGCAGAAAAGAUCAGACUUGUUAAUGGAUCAUCUCCAACUGACGGUCGUGUAGAGAUCAUGUAUAGGGGUGUCUGGGGAUCAAUUUGUCAUGAUGGUUGGGACGAUAGAGACGCUGCAGUAGUCUGUUUAAUGCUUGGAUUUUCAAGAUCGACAGCAGAAUCUUUCAAAGUAGUUGGCCAGCAAAUGAAUACUGUAUGGAUGGCCGAUGUUGAAUGCAAAGGGAAUGAAUUGGAUAUAUUUUAUUGUAAUCACUCAUCACUAAAACAAGAAGAAUGUAGUCAAAACUAUUACGCAGCAGUCAAUUGUACACAAGGAAAAAUAAAACUGGUAGGUGGUCAGACACCAGCGGAAGGACUAGUGAAGGUUUUCUAUAACGGAUCAUGGGGAACAGUUUGCAACGACGAAUGGGAUGAUAGAGAUGCUGCUGUCGUUUGUUUCAUGCUGGGAUUCUCGAGACAGAAUGCUACAGCACUUACCUCUAAUAGAUUUGGGUACGAAACUGGAAGGAUCAUGAUGAAUAAUGUCAUGUGUAAUGGUGAUGAAGAUGAUUUGUUACACUGUAACCCUACACUUAUAGAAAUAAAAAAUUGCGACCACAAUGAAGACGCUGGAGUAAUUUGUUCAGCAGAAACAUUACAACUAGUGACGAAACUGGGAUAUCCAUUAGCUUAG